GGAGGCUGGAGUGGCGCGCACAACUGCUUGGGCCAAUCGCUUCGGAUCGCGCGGGACCCCGGGAGUGGAGUCGGAGCUGCGGAGGAGCUCGAGCGCGUGAGUCAGCCCGGCGGAACCAUGGUGGGCCAGCUGAGCGAGGGAGCCAUUGCGGUUAUAAUGCAACAGGGAGAUACAUCCAUAAAACCGGUUCUCCAAGUCAUUAAUAUCCGCCCCAUUACUACAGGGAACAGUCCACCCCGUUAUCGAUUGCUUAUGAGUGAUGGAUUGAACACUCUAUCCUCUUUCAUGUUGGCAACACAGUUGAACCCUCUUGUUGAGAACGAACAAUUGUCCAGCCACUGUAUUUGCCAGAUUAACCGAUUUAUUGUGAACACUCUGAAAGAUGGAAGGAGAGUAGUUAUUUUGAUGGAACUAGAAGUUUUGAAAUCAGCUGAAGCAGUUGGAUUAAAGAUUGGCAAUCCAGUACCCUAUAAUGAAGGACAUGGGCAGCAGCAGGUUGUUCCUACUCCUGUGUCAGCAACCAGUCCACCAACCAGCAAGCCCCAGCAACAGAAUGGAAGUUCAGGAAUGGGUUCCACCGUAUCUAAGUCUUUUGGUGUCUCAAAGACAUUUGGAAAAGCUGGAAAUACUAACCUCAUGAACAGUCCCGGGGGAACACAGUCCAAAGUGGUACCCAUUGCCAGCCUUACCCCUUACCAGUCCAAGUGGACUAUUUGUGCUCGAGUUACCAAUAAAAGUCAGAUCCGUACCUGGAGCAAUUCCCGAGGGGAAGGAAAGCUUUUCUCUUUAGAACUGGUUGAUGAAAGUGGUGAAAUCAGAGUUACUGCUUUCAACGAGCAAGUGGACAAGUUCUUUCCCCUUAUUGAAGUGAACAAGGUUUAUUAUUUCUCAAAAGGCACCCUAAAGAUUGCUAACAAGCAAUUCACAGCUGUUAAAAAUGACUAUGAGAUGACCUUCAAUAAUGAGACAUCUGUCAUGCCCUGUGAAGAUGGUCAUCAUUUACCUACAGUUCACUUUGAUUUCACUGGGAUUGGUGAACUAGAGAAUAAGUCUAAAGACUCACUUGUAGACAUAAUUGGAAUCUGCAAGAAUUAUGAAGAUGCCACUAAAAUCACAGUGAAAUCUAAUAACAGAGAAGUUUCUAAGAGAGAGAUCUACCUGAUGGACAUGUCAGGGAAGGUGGUGACUGCUACUCUGUGGGGAGAAGAUGCUGAUAGAUUUGAUGGUUCUAGACAGCCCGUGAUGGCUAUCAAAGGAGCCAGAGUUUCUGAUUUUGGUGGACGGAGCCUCUCUGUACUGUCUUCAAGCACUGUCAUUGUGAAUCCUGACAUCCCAGAGGCCUAUAAGCUUCGUGGAUGGUUUGACUCAGAAGGACAAGCCUUAGAUGGUGUUUCCAUCUCUGAUCUAAAGAGUGGAGGAGUAGGAGGGGGCAACACCAACUGGAAAACCCUGUAUGAGGUUAAAUCAGAGAAUCUGGGUCAAGGUGACAAGGCGGACUAUUUCAGCUGUGUGGCAACAGUGGUGUAUCUCCGCAAGGAGAGUUGUAUGUACCAGGCCUGCCCAACUCAGGACUGCAACAAGAAAGUGAUUGAUCAGCAGAAUGGAUUAUACCGCUGUGAGAAGUGUGACAGUGAAUUUCCCAAUUUCAAGUACCGCAUGAUCCUGUCAGUAAAUAUUGCAGAUUUUCAAGAGAAUCAGUGGGUGACUUCUUUCCAGGAGUCUGCAGAGGCUAUCCUCGGACAAAGUGCUGCUUAUCUGGGGGAAUUAAAAGAGAAGAAUGAGCAGGCAUUUGAGGAAGUUUUCCAGAACGCCAACUUUCGAUCUUUCACGUUCAAGAUCAGGGUCAAACUGGAAACCUACAAUGAUGAGUCUCGAAUUAAGGCCUCUGUGGUGGAUGUGAAACCCGUGGACUACAGAGAAUAUGGCAGAAGGCUGAUCACGGCCAUCAGGAGAAAUGCCGCGCAGUAAUGUGAGAAAAGCAGUGCUGAUUGGGCAGAAGUUUGAAAAUAAAGAGCUGAAAUGCAAAUGAUUCUCUUCCCGCAUCCCCACCCCCUGCCUUCCAUGUAACAUUUCCACAUUAGCUGCACAAUGCAUCGAGGCUCUUGGAACACACUGGGAGGCAAAGAGAAAAUAAUGCUCUGAUGUCUGGACAUCAGCUGUGUGUGUCAGAUGUAGGGAGUCAACCAGCAGGUCGUGUGGUACCAAACGCUCCUUCUCUCUUCAGGCUUUUGUCAGUUUUGUUAAUAUUUCAUCAUCUUUAAGCAGGAAUUAUGUCACAAGUAAUUGACCCUAAAUUGCAGACCGUGAAAUAAAUUAUGUAACUAGUGUGUUCCUUCUCCAGUGGGGACACUUUUGCAUCUCGGGUUCCUUCCUGAGGCAGAGAGCUGAGAAGAGGUUACAAAAUGGAACCUGGGUAUUUUAGUAAGUGUGUCUUCCUAGAAUUCAAAGGCUCUCUCUUUCUAGAGGUGCCACAUGGUUGUUAAUGCUUGGAAUGGCAAUAUGGUAGAAUUCUUAAUCAAAGACAUAUCUUUUAUAUCUGAAGAAUAUCCUUCCUUCAGGGUUUAAUAGACUGAGUCAGAUGGGUCUGAUAUUAAUCAAAAUAGUCUCUUCUGAGGAAGGCUGAUAAGCAUUGACUUGCUGUCCCCUAGGGAAAUCCAGGCAACUACAAAGCAUUGCUUUAGUUUUCUCUUCAAUUAAUACUGCAUUUUGGCUUGGAGAAUACACACUUUUUCUACCUGUACAUAUUUCUUGUGUUUGUGUGUUUCAUUUCUUGAUUAAAACUUUGUUAAAUAGAAAGGAUUUUGAAGGGAGAAGCCCUUUGUUUCCCUUGCUUUAUUUUAAUAAACAGUAUCUUCUCUGCUUAUGGAUUCUA